AACUUUAAAAACAAAUAAAUAUGUCGUUAUGAAUACAAACGAAAUAAUCCCUAAUUUGAAUAGUUUCUUACGAUAGUAACUUCAACAUAAUUCUUAAUCAUCAAAUAGUAACUUUUCUUAGUAGUUUAAUACAAAAAAAGCGAAUUAAAUGCAAUGUAGAAACCGACCUUACUUAGGGCUUGCAGAACUACCUGCCGGCAUGAAAAUUGAACCUUAUCUUAUUACGAUAGACUGAUAAAGUUACCAAUACGGCAAUUGUACUAAAAAGUAUAGUCUAUUACCUAAUGCUACCGUCAUUGGAAGUCGGGCGUAGAAAUGAGUAAACGUCUAAGUGAACAAAUUUGUUAAUAAAGUGAUAUGGACAUCGACAACUUGUGUUAUUAAAGAACUAAAAAUGUUACCGUGGAUUCAACACCGUUGGACGAGUUUGUGGCUUGUGAUAGCAGCGUUGGGAGCACUAUGUCUCUUUCUGUAUGGAUUCUUUCCUUUAAAAUAUCAUUCUGGCAACUUGGCACACAUGGAUGACCUUCCUAAUUUUAUUGAAGGAGUCAGUAUCGACGGUCAUGAGGUUUAUAAUCCUGGAGAAAACACAGUUAUUCUAAUGGUGAUCGAUGGAUUGAGAUAUGACUUUGUGACCGAAGAAUACAUGCCCUUCACUGGACAACUAAUAAAAAAUAAAUCUGCCUGUAUAUAUGUCUCGGUAGCUGAACCACCGACUGUAACAAUGCCAAGAAUUAAGUCACCGGAACGAAAAAAGGAGAAGGCACAGUGGCGUCGCACUAUAAACUUCUGGAGGGAUAUAUUUGCAAUGAUGACUGGUAGUGUGUCAACAUUCGCCGAUGUAGCACUUAACUUUGGUGCUCCAGCUGUACAAGGGGAUAGUGUGCUAAGAGUGGCCAAGUCGAGAGGGCUUCGAACAAUUUUAUAUGGAGAUGACACUUGGCUGAGAUUGUUCCCAGGACUUUGGACGGAAUCGGAUGGAACCACAUCAUUCUUUGUGACUGAUUACACUGAGGUAGACAAUAACGUAACGCGACAUCUUGAUAAAGUUUUAACACCGGAUGACAAAAGGAAACCAAAUUUUGACUUCCUCGUGCUUCACUACUUGGGCUUGGAUCACAUCGGACAUUUGGAAGGCGCCAGAAGCCCAAAGAUUAGACCGAAAUUAAUUGAAAUGGAUGAAAUUAUCAAGAAAAUAUAUCAUGCCAUGCAGCAAUGGGAGAGUGUUGGUACUUUGAUAGUAUGCGGUGAUCAUGGCAUGCGCGACGCCGGGGGACAUGGCGGGGCUUCGCCCUCUGAGGUCCUGGUACCUCUCGUGGUCAUUAGAAGUAAGGACUUCAAGUGCCCAUACCCGUCCGGCCCGGGCCCUACGGUGUCCCAGGUGGACGUGGCCCCUACUAUCUCGUGGCUAUUGAACUGUCCCCUACCAGGGGAUAGCGUGGGGGUCAUCCUACCGUCUAUGAUGCCGCGUGAUGUUAGACAGAAUCUGUAUUUACUACAUGUUCAAGCGAGCCAGAUUGGAAAACUGGUGUCCUCUGAUACUGAAAUGUACAAACAAUACAAGCGAGCCGCGAACCAAUUCGCCAACUACCUGUCCACUGGUCAUGAGAGCGCUGCCAAAAUAGCCAAGGAGUUCUACGAGGAGUCACUUCACGGUAUGGCCCAGUACUUCACGGAGACCACCACGGAAUUUGAUAUGUUUGCUAUCAUCAUAGCAACCGUAUGCCUUUAUUUGAUAACAAUAGCACUGUUGUGUAUAGCUCUAUAUUCUCUACAACCCGACCAGAAGACGAAUAUAAUUCCUCAUCACCACCACCGCUCCAGUGCCAGCACGAUGGUGGCAUUUGCUGUCAUUUACACAAUAAUAUCCAGCGUAAUGGUGACCGCUUGCUUCAUAACAGAAACAAAAUCACAGUUCUGUUCGUUCACACCAUUGUGGUGUGUGGCAUUUAUGGCCAUGGCCAUAACUAUAACCGCCGUUUAUUUCGUCAUCAAGAAUUGUAUUGAAAACAUUAAGGAUUUGACAACUCUGAGGUGUUUGAAUGCCAUAGAUUAUUUGUUGAUAGUCGGCACACUUUUUCAUUCCUGGUCAUUCUUUGGGACGAGUUUUAUAGAAGAGGAGCAUAUGACGUGGUAUUUUCUAUGGAACACACUGAUGCUGGUAGUUUUAUUGAAGACCAUAGCGGUCAUAGUGAUAUAUGUUGGCAAGAAGUGGUCGGGCUCCACUGAGGUCCAAGACAAACCGGACUUGGAGUAUAGGAUGUGCGCUGUUGGUAUCAUUAUUGUACCACAAUGGAUAAUGCUUAUCGCUCUUCAUAGAUAUUUAAGAACAAUGAAUCAAACCGGUGACAGGUGGCUGUUCCUGCCGGACACGGCUGAUUGGUUGAACGCUCCGGAGAACUCUUUUUAUUUGGAAUCACAUUGCAUUAUUGGUACAUUUCUAACAUUUUUAACGUGUAUGGUUAACGUGAAACAUAUGAAUAACAUAAUGCAGAUGCAUUCAGCGCUAACAGUGGUCGCCUUUGGUUGCGUGGUUGCGUACAGAAUGGCUACAGGUUCCAUAACCUCAUUAACGACCAAAUCUAUAGAUCCUGUUAUAAUUGUCAAUAUAUUCUGGGGUAUCCUAAUAUCUCAGUUCAUAUUCGAGAUCGUAUCCUAUAUAGGCGUGUCGAGGUUCAGUAACAAGUUCGGUUACACCAAACCGAAGGAGAAGAGCGAGGUGCCAUUUUACGUUGACCCCUGGUGUGUGGAUGAUGUUAAACUGAAGCUAGCCAACUCAAUCUCCCACAUCAUGUAUAAUGAUAUGAUGAUGAUAAUAGUACUGUUGAUGCGACCUCAUAACGUUAUAAUGGUGCCUAGUGUACAUCUCACUUGUAAACUGACGUCAAUCUGUCUGGACCAUAGAUUACUGGAUUCUAGAGUAAAAAAAACUGAAAUAGCUGAUUUAUUGAGUAAAACUCUGGUGCAUCUCUGGAUUGGAAUGCUUUUCUUCUUUUAUCAGGGUAAUUCGAACAGCCUGGCCUCCGUAGACCUCGGCUCGGGCUACGUAGGUCUACGAGAGUACAGCGCCGUCCGCGUAGCGCUACGCAUGGGUCUACACGCCUACGCAGGCCCCGCCCUCUCCGGCGCUAGUCUCUUCUGUCUGCUGUCAUCCGACGCUAUCAAUUGGCAGCAAUACUUGAACUCAGUAUGGCGCGUCGUCAACAUAUUCGCGCUGCAGCGAGUCUACCAGCUCGUCAUCUACUGCGUCAUCGCUGUCAUAUUCAGACAUCAUCUGUUCGUUUGGACGGUGUUUUCUCCUAAACUGCUGUACGACUUCGUGGCGACCGUGUUCUCAGUGCAAUCCCUGUCUACCAUCGGUCAGAUUGUACUAAUAACACACGCCACCAGUUGGCUGGCUAGGUUAUGUACUAGAAAGUAAAUAAUGUACAUAUAUAUAUUUAGUAUCAUGUAAAUAAUAAUAGAACAAUCGAGAAGAAAAAUAAAAAAAUUACAAUAUCUUUAUUCUUUAUUAUGUAUUAUAAAAUAUUGUCAAUGAUAUUAUUGCGCGCUGUUCUCUGUUGUUUUCUAUGAAUGUUAUAAUGUCGUAGUUUAUAAAAGACAAAAAUUAUAAGCCUAUUAAUAUGCCAAAGGCUUAAAUUGUGUUGAAUGAUAAAGAUAUAUCGGACCUCUCGCUCGCACUUAUGAAAUACAAUAAAAGAUUUGAGAGGUAAUAUAAAACAAUUUUCAUAAUAUGCACUGUGAACAAAAUUGUUUAUCCCUGUAUUUAUUAUAUAAUUUAAUUUAUAUAAUUAUAAAUGGGAUAGACAAAAAUUUGCACUAUUACAGUACAAGCAGUCUGUUUAUUUACAAAAUUUAUCUUGUCUCGUUGGCCAGUUAAUUACUAAAAAUGUUUUAUUUGAAAUAA